AUGCUAUACCAGCGUUACUUUCUACGCAUGAACCAGACUAACAUGACACACCUACUCGGACUGCUGCUAACGUUUGCUUUAGCGCUAAUGGUGGUGCAGAUUCACACACUGCUCAUCGCUCAGAACUUUUUUAGCGGCAUUGUACUACCCACCAAUACGUCUGUUUUCAUUGAUUCAGACCCAUACCGAUUUGAAUUCACACCGGAGCCCCGGAACCUGACCACACUGAAUUUCGACUACUUGCUCGAGGGUAACGCUUCCCACAUGAAACGCGUCUACUACGCUAAAGAACGCGCCGCACACAUAGUUAACAUCAUAGUUCUCGGAAUUGCUGCACUAGUGUAUGCCUGUCUUCUGGCAUGCUUGAGCCGACCAGCCAUGAAUGAAAUAUACCUGCUGACGAUCUCCUACGUUGUGUUGGCAACCUUCAUCUUAAUUGAAUUGGGCCUCGCUGGAACUUCAGUUUUCAGGUCCCUGAGCGUGAGUGCCGGCACCUGCGCACUGUUCACAUACGUCACCUACGCCACGCUGCCGGUACGAUUACAUGAGGCCACAAUUGGGGGGAUGGCAUUGGCCGUUAUUAACAUCGGUGCCCACGUAAUUCUCAACAAAACCUCGGACAUACAGAUCUUCUGCAACUUGACGACACUAAUAGCGAGCAACUUAGCCGGUAUAAUGACACACCAUCCCCGUGAACUCGCGCAGCGUCGAGCUUUCCUCGAGACUCGCGACUGUGUCGAGGCCAGACUAGUCACACAACGCGAAAACCAACAACAGGAACGUCUCUUGCUGUCGGUCCUACCGCGUCACGUUGCGAUGGAAAUGAAAGCCGACAUCGCUAAUCAGCCCCGUCAAGAACAAUUUCACAAGAUCUACAUUCAAAGAUAUGAAAAUGUGAGCAUUCUUUUCGCCGAUAUCUGCGGAUUCACUUCACUGUCGGAUCAAUGUACUGCUGAAGAGCUGGUGCGCCUCCUUAACGAGCUCUUUGCCCGGUGA